AUGGUACCAGAAAAUUAUUCACGGAUUACAGAAUUUCUUCUACUGGGAUUUUCAGAGGAACAGGAACUGCAGCCCCUCAUAUUUGGGCUCUUCCUCUCCAUGUAUCUGAUCACCAUGUUUGGAAACUUGCUCAUCAUCCUGGCCGUCAGCUCAGAUUCCCACCUCCACAAGCCCAUGUAUUUCUUCCUCUGCAACCUGUCCUUCGUGGACAUCUGUUUCACUUCUACCACCAUCCCAAAGAUGCUGGUGAACAUCCAGACCCAGACGCAAGUCAUAACCUAUGGAGCCUGCAUCACACAGAUGUAUUUUUUUAUGCUCUUUGCAGUGUUGGAUGACUUCCUCUUAACCAUGAUGGCCUAUGACCGCUUUGUGGCCAUCUGUCACCCCCUGCACUACAUGAUCAUCAUGAACCCCCGGCUCUGUGGACUGCUGCUUCUGGUGUCCUGGAUCACGAGUGCCCUCUAUUCCUUGUUACAAAGCUUAAUGCUGUUGCGACUAUCUUUCUGUACAGUCUUGAAAAUCCCCCACUUUUUUUGUGAAAUCAAUGAGAUGAUUAAACUUACCUGUUCUGACACCUUUCUUAAUAACCUGGUGAUGUAUUUUGCAAUUGGACUGUUGGCUGCUCUUCCCCUUACUGGCAUCCUUUACUCUUACUUUAAGAUAGUUUCUUGCAUUCGUGGAAUGUCGUCAGCUCAGGGGAAGUAUAAAGCAUUUUCUACCUGUGUGUCUCACCUCUGUGUUGUCUCCUUAUUUUACUGUACAAUUCUAGGAGUGUACCUCAUCUCUGUCUCUACCCAUAGCACACACUCAAGUGCAAUAGCCUCAGUGAUGUACACUGUGGUCACGCCCAUGCUGAACCCCUUUAUCUAUAGUCUCAGGAACAAAGACAUAAAGGGGGCUUUGAAAAGAUUCUGUGGGAUGGCAGCUAUAAAAGGGACAACUGUUUUAGGGCUGAAGAACUCCCAGUGA